UUAGGCUACUGUAACCUGUUCAUACAGUAACACACUUUCAAUAAUUAAUCAUGAAUUUUGUCAUAAUUUUGUCAUUAAUUUUUCUGUUCAGUUUUCGUGAAACUGCAUCAUUGUUGAUUGAGAAUCCUGAUGAAGUGAAAAAUCUACCCGGUUUGAAAGAUAAAAUAAAUUUUCGUCAUUAUUCAGGAUAUUUAGAAGCUGAAGAUGGUGCUUUUCUUCAUUAUUGGCUAUACGAAAGUCAACGUAAUCCGAAAACCGAUCCAAUCGUAUUCUGGUUUAAUGGUGGUCCAGGAGCUAGUUCACUAUUGGGCGCUUUGACCGAAAAUGGACCAUUUCGUAUUGAUUCAAAUGAAAUGAUCAUUAUGAACAAUUUCUCCUGGAAUGCUCAGGCAAAUAUGGUGUAUAUUGAAUCACCAGCCGGUGUUGGAUAUUCAUAUAAACUUGAUAAUAAUUAUACAACCAAUGAUGAUAUUACAGCUCAAAAUAAUUAUGUUGCAUUGAAAAGUUUCUUCAAAAAAUUUCCACAUUUCGAAGAAAAUUCAUUGUAUAUAUCGGGAGAAAGUUAUGGUGGUGUUUAUGUUCCAACACUUUCGGUUAAAAUAUUGGAAAAUCAUUAUCCCAAAAAUUUUAAAGGCUUUCUUAUCGGUAAUGGUAUUAUGAAUUAUGAAAUGCAAAAAAACUCGCUAAUACAUUAUUAUUAUCAUCAUGCUUUGAUCAAUGAUGAUACAUGGCAAUAUCUUUUGAACAAUUGCUGUCCAAACGUAACAAACGCUCGACAAUGUGAUUUUGCCAACAAUGAUAAUUCAAAAUGCAAUAAUGAAAUUGAAAAAAUAAAAAAUUUUGUCUAUGGAAAUUUCGAUCCAUAUAACAUCUAUCAUUGGAUGUGUUUUGAUCCAAUCAAUGAUCAAGGAUCGUUUUUGGAUGAAACGAUUGGUGAAGUAGACUGGAUUACUACGAUUAGACGUAAAAAUCUUCAAAACAGUAAAUGUAAUGAUGUUAAAUUUGCUGCACCAACCGUUGAUUAUGCUGCAUUUAAACGAUAUCUUAAUCGACCAACAACACGUGAAGCAUUGCAUAUAAGUUCACAUGCUAAAUCACAAUGGGAACUCAAUAUCAUUAACUACACAACAAUAUAUCAAGAUAUGACAAGUCAAGUUAAAGAACUGAUCGAUGCUGGUCUUAAAGGUCUAAUUUAUAACGGUGAUUUUGAUACCGUAUGCAAUUACUUGGGCGAUAGAUGGUUUGUCGAAAGUCUUGGAUACAAAGCAGAUACUGAAUAUUUACCUUGGAAAUAUAAUAAUCAGAUUGGUGGAUUUCGCCAACGUUAUGGUAAACUAAUCUAUCAAACAAUAAUGGGAUCUGGUCAUAUGGCACCGAUGGAUCAACCAGGACCAUCACAAGCAAUGUUUAAUGAAUUUUUGACGACGUAAAUUGACUUUUUUUUUGCAAAUUACCAAAUUAAUGUUUUGUUGUUGUUGCCAAAAAAAAAAUAUGAUCAAUAAAAAUUCGAUUGAU